UACAUAUGUAUUGUACACGCGUGCGUGCACAUGUUAGCAAAGACUUUCGCAUAACUGUUUAGAUAGCAUAUCAUAGUCGGUAGAGCAUCCCGCCCCGGGGAAACAUCACAUGAUCACACCCAUGAUCACACCAACUUAGAGAGAAGACAGCGAGAAGAAAUCACGGUCUUAGAGGUGGGAGGAAAAGCCCGGAAGGGAAAGUCCACGGACAUGACGGAAACAGCAAACGGUGAAGCACAACCUCGCCUCCUCAAAGUUACCAGAGACGACCAAGCGAAAUGGUAUGUGGCGGACUUGAGUGACUACUACUCGGGGAAGUAUCCGUACGUUUGGCUGAGGGACAACUGCCAGUGCAGCCAAUGCUACAACAAGGAAUGUCUACAACGGGAGACGCUCACGGCAGAUAUGGACCCCGAGGUUCUGCCGGCCAGCGAGUCGGUUGUGGAUGAUGGGCGGGCGUUAGAGGUUGUCUGGCCCGAUCAGCACCGCAGCAGCUACCGCGCUGACUGGCUGGACUGCCAGCGUUUCUCGGAGUCCCAGAUUGACCCCAUCAGCCAUCCGGAGUACCAGGUAUGGGGAGCAGAGAUGAACGGCAACAUCCCCACGUUUGACUACGCCUCAAUUCUGAGCACCGAUAAAGUGUUGUACGAGUGGCUGAGGGUCCUUCAGACAACCGGGAUAGCACUGGUGCAACGGGCUCCCAAGGAGAAAGGCGUCUGCCGUCAAUUGGCUGAGAGGGUUGCAUUCUUCAGGAGGACAAUUUACGGAGAGGAGUGGCAGGUGGAGAGCAAACCUAACGUCAGUAGUUUGGGUUAUACCUCCAAGUACCUUGUCCUCCACACGGACUUGCCAUACUACAUCAGCCCUCCUGAGGUUCAGCUUCUUCAUUGCAUCGAGCAAGCCAAGGGAAAAGGUGGGGAGAACCAGUUCGUUGACGGCUGGAACAUUGUCAGACAGUUAAAGGCCGAACACCCAGAGGCGUACAAACUGCUGAGCGGCGUGCCGAUAGACUACAAGAACGCGGCCACAGACCAAUACCCGUUCCACAUGAAGGCCAGCCGACCAAUCAUCGACUACGAUCUUCGAGGAGAACUCUGCAUGCGUUAUAAUGACCCGAUUCGCGCUCCAUACAUGCUGAUGCCAGUGGAAAAAGUAACAGAGAUGUACAAGGCCAUUAAGCUGUUCAAUCAAGUUAUCUACCGCCCCCAGAAUUUGGUGCACCAUCGCUUGACCGAAGGUGAGAUGGUCACAUUUAACAACCGACGGCUGUUGCAUGGACGUAGCUCUUUUGAAGUGCAGGCUGGCAGUAGUCGUCUGUUAGAGGGCGGUUACAUCGACUGGGAUGAGGUUCGUUCACGCACGCGCGUCUUGAGGGAAAAACUGUACGGCAUCAAACGACUUUAAGGUUCGACAAAGUAGUUGUGUUUCCCCAUCACCAAAAUUAACAAAAGAAGUCCGAGUUGCUUAUUUUGAUCAUACUUUUGCCGAUUGAUUAAUUUGUGCAAAAAGACAGAGUUGUAAUUAACUCAUCAAUUGUAAAUACCAUCCAUUUAGCCCCGCCCACAGAGCACCUUGGCCACGAUACAUGCGCUUCUUAAAGAUACAGUCAAUCAUUUGUAAUUUGUGCAUUUUGUUCGUUUGAAGCAACAAACGUGCUUAUAAGGGUGCUGAACAACUAACCUGAUGAAGUUUCAGCUCAGCUUCAGCUGUAUAUAUCGUGAAAAACAGCAUUCUUGGAUCUCGAUUUCAAAUCAAAAGUUGCUGAAUCAUGUUUUGAAUUGUGCCUGAAUUCAGCGUCCGAGACACGAUGUCGCGCAUCGCAGCGAUCUGACGCGCAUCGCAGCGAUCCGACGAAUUAUAGCAACUUACUAUCUUUCAACCAAGUAUGUUUUUCAACAAUAAUUACGUCAGUUACUUUUUGGAUAGCUGCAAAUGAUGGACUGUAGCUUUAAAACCACAAUGCAAAUCCGGUUCUUUAGUGUUACGUCAGUUCAGUUUAAACCACGCCCACUGGCCACUAUGCAUCGGAUCCAUUGGAACCGGAAGCUAACGCAAAUUGAGUGUUUAUCCAAGGGCGCUAAUAUUUAUGGUGCGCGUGUGUGUGGGACGUUUUUACUAACCAUGGUGAUUGGUCUAAACAUCAUAUAGGGCGUGGCGUAAUUGAUCGGUCUUUUCUAUCCGAACUUGAGAAAUGGGAUGAAAUGAAAUGUGGCAAAGGAUUUCCACUGUCAUUGAUCGUUAUAUUGCCCCACUGAUGUCAUUUUUGUGUACGUGUACCAACGGGCCGGGUCUUGAAUUUUUUUCCCCAAACGACAAUAUCAAAAGAGGGCGCUGUCUCUGCGUUCUGCAUAUUCAUGAUGGCCAAGGCUUUUGAGAUAUUAAAGUUAUAUAACAGAGAAUAAUGGGGUUUAAAUCACCGACGAUUGGCGGCUGAUUCGUGGACUGGUUGGAAGUAGUCCUGACUUCUAAUCCGGUGAUCCGAGUUCGAAUCCCUGUGAGCGUUUUUCUCAUCUCAUUUUACCUUUUAAAUAACUAGUGAGGAAGGAAUAUUUCUCACAAGACGAAAAGCCUAUCUUGGGUUUGUGUGGUGGAGAGCAAGGCAUUAGAUAUACACGCAGUGGACCAAUCAGGAGAUGGGAAGCGGAUGUCGUUUGGGAAACAAAGAUUCGCGGCCAGGUCUGCAACAGAGAACAUUCUGAGUCUGCUGGUUUGACCAAUUGAAGCACAAAUAAUAUAAUAAAAAUAAUAUAUAAUUCUGCAUAUCUUUCAAUAUUUUUUUAUUCGAAUCUAUUUUGGGAAAUGCAAGAAUAAAACUAUUAUGCGUAUGAUAUGAAUACUAAAAUCCUUUUUAUAUUGACAGCAUAGGCCCAGAUGUGAAAAAAUCAUAGUUUUAUCGAACAGUUUUUGCAUUUACAUGUAGUGUAAUGUAGAUUAAAUGGAAUUAGAAAAUAUAAGUGUAAUAAUCUACCAACCAUUAAAUACCUCAACUAUGUGAUAUCGUUGGUUUUAUAUUUGUAAUAUAAUAAUAAUCACUUUAAAAUGUUAAGGGCGCGUGCUUUAUUAAUAACUGUCAGAAUUUGUCAAUCGACGCGUUUAACUGAACACUCUAAUUAAUACAUUUUUAUCAGAUAUUUGUUUGGUUUUGACCAUUCAGGGAUUUUUGUCGUUGAGAUUUUUUAAUUGAGUUAAAGAUUGAGAUGUAUUUGAUACCAGGUGCCACAGCAAUAAGGCUGGAAUUGAACAAUUAAAGGACAUGUAUAACAUGAUACAAUAUAGUCAUA